AUGCCCAAAGUCAACAAGAAGAAGCGCAACAGCGCAACUUCAGAUGCGGCCGCUAAAGCCUCUGCUGCCCACAGUAUCUUCAAAAUGAACACAGAUAUCGGUCAACACGUUUUGAAGAACCCCGGUAUUGCCGAGCAAAUUGUCCUCAAGGCCGAUCUCAAACAAAGUGACGUUGUCCUCGAAAUCGGUCCCGGUACUGGUAACUUGACGGCCAAGAUUCUGGAUAAAGCGAAGAAGGUCGUUGCGGUGGAACUGGAUCCUCGUAUGGCGGCUGAAGUCACCAAGCGUUUCCAAGGCACUCCGGCUCAGAAACGUCUCGAGGUUAUUCUUGGUGAUGUGAUGAAGACUGAGUUGCCAUACUUUGAUGUCUGCAUUAGCAAUACUCCUUACCAGAUUUCUUCCCCUCUUACAUUCAAGCUGCUGGCGACUAACCCGGCACCCCGUUCUUGCAUUCUCAUGUUCCAGCGCGAAUUCGCCCUGCGCCUCUUCGCCAAACCAGGCGACAAACUCUACAGUCGUCUCUCAGUGAACGCUCAAAUGUGGGCUAAAAUCGACCACAUCAUGAAAGUCGGCAAGAACAACUUCAAGCCACCGCCUCUAGUUGAAUCGAGUGUCAUCCGGAUGGUUCCCAAAGUACCCAGGCCACAGAUCGACUAUGAUGAGUGGGACGGUCUGCUACGCAUUGCAUUCGUGCGUAAGAACAAAACUCUACGAUCCAGUUUCAUCGGUACACCCACCAUCAUGGGCGUUCUCGAGUCAAACUACCGCACCUGGUGUGCGCAGAAUGACAUUGCUGUCGAAGAUGGACCGGCCGAAGACGCUGAUGGCGAUGUCAUGGACAUGGGCGAUCAACAAGAGAACGCUGAGGGUGAUGAGGUGGAUGAGGUUAUGGAAAUGGAUGACGAUGAUGUUCCUGACUUCUUUAAAGAGGAGACUAAUGCCCGCCUCGCGCAGGCGCUCAAGGGCCAGAACCCCCGGAAGAAGAAGGGCAAGGUUGCAGAGUUGGUGCGUGAAAAGGUGCGCUCUGUUCUGGAAGAUGAAACUGGUCUUGGCGAGAAACGUGCGCGUAUGUGCGACGAGAAUGAUUUCCUGAAGUUGCUUUGGGCCUUCAACCAGAAGGGAAUCCAUUUUAACUGA